CUAUCGAAAAGAAAUAAUGGAAAUUGGGAUGUCCUGUUUUCCAAACCAGAAAGAAAACGUAGCAUUUUCUCUAUUUAAGGACUAUUCAUUCCUUGUGAUUGUCCUACCCUAACUCCAACAGCUUAGCAUUUUCUCCAUUUCCUCUUCACACAAGCAUAUUACCUCUUCACGCUUUGAACUUCUCAUAACGUCAAGCUUUCCCUGUCUCUUCCUCAGACUAUAGGCACGCCGUCUCUGUCUACCCAACCUAGGCGGAGAGUGAAAGCAAGGAAAAACCAAAGGGCUUCUUAAUGUCUGCGAAUUCUGCCCAUAUCGACCUGAACUCAGACGUUCUUCCGUUUGACCUGGAAAACAUGGCUCAUGGUGUAACCGAUUCUGAACCUGUAACCCUAACUGAGACUUUCAAGGUUCAUAGUCAGGUCCAGGGUUCUCCAAAGGAGCGAAUAGUGGAUGAAGUUGGGAAUUUUAGUGGAGCCAAGGGGUUGGAGAUCGGUGGGUCUGAUGGGAAUGCGGUGCUUGAGCCUGUGAUUGAUGGAUUGGAAAAAGAGGCUUUAAAGAGAGUAACCCAUUUUGCAGACGGCGCGAAUGUUUCAGAAGCGGAGACAGGAAUGGUAGAUAGAGGAGUUAAUUUAAAAGAUGGCGAUGUUUCACUGGGGCUGGUGAAGGAGGAUGUCAAUGCCUCGGAUUGUAUGCAGGAAGGAAUAGAGCCUCAGGUCGAGUCUGUGAGCAAAAUACCAGCUGAAAUUCCAGGUGUGGAAGCAAAAGUAGCUGAUAUUAACGAGACUUUCUGUGAUGAAAAUUCUAGUGUGUGUCCGACGCACGUUUCUGAGGCUUUAACUUCCGAAGGAUCAGAAAACCGGACCAUGAAUAUAGAUGCAAUGAUAGAGACCAAUAAGAAUCAAACCGCAAGCACUCGUGUCCCAGAAGCUGGGGUUGUCCAGAAUAUUGGAGACGAUUCUAAUAUUUUCAAUCUUGUUGUAGAUUUGAAUACAUAUACGAUAACAGAUGGGAAUGUUUCAAGUGAUGUGAAUGUCAAAUCUGCUGCCUCAAAUCCAGAAUUUCAUGUCUCUGAUCUAGUAUGGGGCAAAGUUCGGAGUCAUCCCUGGUGGCCUGGGCAGAUUUUUGAUCCUUCGGAUUCAUCAGAAAACGCAACGAAGUACUCUAAAAAAGGAAGUUACCUGAUAGCAUAUUUUGGGGAUCAAACAUUUGCUUGGAAUGAAGCAUCGUGGAUAAAACCCUUUGGUCCACAUUUCUCGCAAAUGGAGAAGCAGAGCACUAAGGAAGAAUUCCGAUAUGCUCUUGACUGUGCUUUGGAAGAGGUUUCCAGACGGGUAGAGUUUGGGCUGGCCUGUUCCUGCAUAUCAAAAGAAGCAUAUGCCAAACUCAACACUCAGAUAAUAGUUAAUGCUGGAAUCAGGGAAGAAUCAAGUAGAAGAGAUGGUGGGGAUAGUUAUUUGAAUGCCACUUCUUUAAAACCCGCAGAACUUCUCGAGUUCAUGAAAACAACAGCUCAAUUGCCAUAUGGUGGAGGUGACAGACUGGAAUUUGUAAUGUCACACGCCCAAUUGUCAGCCUUCUAUCGCUGGAAGGGUUAUUCAGAGCUUCCCAAGUUCAAUAUGCUUGGUACAUUGUUUGGGAGUGAGGAGGACAAUCAAUUGCUUGGGGUGAAAAAGAAUCACGCAGAAUUCAAUGUGAAUGAUGUUCUGGAUAUGGAGAAUGAUAAUUCAAUAUCCUCUGGAAAAGGAAAGUCAGAGACUCAAGUUAGCUCUUCCCGUAAGCGUAAGCACACUUCUGGAGAUUCUUUGCUCCCCAACAAAAAAGAGAGAAGCUUGCUGGAUUUGCUUGUUGAGAAGGGCUCGCGCACGCCAAAUGGAGGAAACAAAACAGGCAAGGAAGGUGUAGGUAAGUUGAUUUCACAAUCUUCUAGUCAGAAACGAAAGGCGGUUGAUGCAUUGUCGGAUGAUUCAUCUAUGAAACGAGCGAAAAGCCAUCUAUCAACAGGAGUUGUCGAUGCGCCCGCACGGACCAGGCAAACUUUUAGAGUUGGAGAUAGCAUUCGUCGGGCUGCUAGCCAAAUGAAUGGGUCAAGUCCAAUACUCAAGUAUGGUGAUGGAAUGUCUCAAGAGGCCAGGGUUGAGAAUAAAAGCAUACAGAAGAAACCGAGCACGGAGUUACCUUCUCCUGAUGAGAUGAUGUCCCAGCUCUGCUUGGCUGCCAGAGAUCCCAUGAAAGGAUACAGCUUUAUAUUUUCUAUGGUCGGAUUCUUCUCAGAAUUCAGGAAUUUUGUUAGCCUGGAUGAUCCUAGCUUAGAGGAGCAUGAACAAUCUUUGAAACAAGUUUUUGGUGGUAAGACUAGAAAGAAAUCAACCAAGACUGGAAGAAAGUCAACUAUGCCAGGAAUCACUGAAGCUUCUGGGACAGACGUUUUGAGCGACUCUUACUGGAGUGACAGGAUUGUCCAAAGCAUUCCUGAAGAGCAGUCAUCAUUUGAGAAUCAGCCCGACAGUCCAAGUGGAAAGGGUUAUCCCACUGUUGAACCACAAAGGCCAAAUCUUGAUCAUACGCAAAAGCGUUCUGAUAAAAAUCUUGAAUCCGAAGCAGGGAUGACGAUAGGACACCACUUGGAGGAGGAAAGUUGUGAGCAAGAUUUCCCACCCACAGCUCUCAUUCUGAACUUCACGGACUUGGAUUCUGUUCCUUCAGAAGCAAGUCUCACUAAGAUAUUUAGCCAGUUUGGGACUUUGAUUGAAUGUCAGACUGAAGUUCUGAAGAAGAGUAGACGUGCCAAGGUGGUUUUUAAGAAACGCGAUGAUGCAGAAACGGCUUUUAGCAGUGCUGGGAAAUACAGUAUUUUUGGACCUUCGCUUGUCAGUUACCGCCUCAAGUAUAUUAUGCCCUCUAACUCUAAGGCCUCUGCACCAACAAAGCGAGGUGGAAAAGUUACCGCGACAUCGCUUUGAGGCAAAUCUAUAAUGAUGUUUUGAACGCUCUGUCAACUGGAUGUUAAGUUCGGCUUUUAGGAAUUUGUUUAGGAUUGAGUUGUGAACUUUACUAUUUAGUGCUUUUAUUUUGAGGCUCU